AUGGAAGGCGAACGACUUCUUGAAAAGCUAUGGCGCGAGCCUACAGAAGAGAGUCUACAGUGCUUGCAGUGUCAGAAGUUAUUCUCAGGCAGCCCUCUUAUUCGUAUAUUCCGCAUUGCGCAGGCAGGCCCGGGUCGCCCUGGUUCCAGCGCCCUGGUUUCUACGUCCCGAGGCGAUAUUAUCCUCUUCGACCGACAUAUGGACUGUGUAGUCAGCUCCAAGAUCCUCUUCUCAGCAGUACGGCAGCAACAAAAAACAGUGCCAGAGGCGCCAGAAGUAGCCCGUUAUGUUCUAGACAUCUUGGCUAGAAUUUACAACGGAAUCGAAAGACCUGGAUACGAGGCCAGAGAGCUCUGGUUGGACUACAUAAGCGUGCCGCAAUGGUCCGACGCUCUGUGGAGUAUUAUCCUUCCCAUCAUGGAUAAGCUCUUUAGCACAGCCGAGACAACUGUCCUGUACUUCAAUGAUGUGAGCGCCAAUGUGGUAAAUGAGCUCUACAAAGACAAGCGGACUCCGGAACGCCUCAGUUCAGUCAUUUCAGUCUGCAACUCCAAAUACUUCAAGCGCAUCUGGACCGCCGUGGAGUUCAUCAGAAGUGAGCGUGUCAGAAUGAUGAUCAGCAACUAUACUUACUUUCCCGACCUUGAUGACCCUGCAUCCCUGGGCGAGGUCUUCAAAGGCUGGAAGGAUGAGGUUCGUCAAUAUGAAAAGGUCCAUGAUCUGGAACGAAAGGUCCAAAUGGGCAAAAGUCAAGUCCCAUGGAGUCUUGGUACACUGAAAUCGGCAAAGUUGCUGAAGAGGAUGAACUUUGCCAUGGCAACUGCUCUGCUUUUCACGAGAGGAGGGAUAAUUCGUGCAAGGUCCUUCAAACUGCGCAGUUCUGAUUUCAAGACAGAGUACUAUCGAAUUGCAUGGGAAUACCUGAAAGUGAGAGACUACUCUCCGCUGUUGAUAACCCCUUUUAUGGGAGCGAUCGAAAGAAGAGGUCCUGGCCACUGGUCUGAAUUUGGCCACAGUAACGUUUUCACUUGGCAGUUGGGACAGGAAGUGAAUCCGCCAACACUGGGUAAAUACACAAGUUUUGACGAUUCGGAGCACCUUUCGAUAGUUGCCAGACCAGAGCGGGGAUUGAUGACACAAGGCUUCUCGUCUGCUGCGAAGCUAGCUUUGGAGAUUGAUGGACCAGAUGUCAGAGACUCUAUUGCUGCCCUGGGAAGAACUCAUCCAGGGAAUGUGUCGACCAGCAUGGAAAUCCUGGAAGAGAAGAACGAAGUGAAUUAUCUGCAGAGAGUUCUGAACAAGCUCUACAGCAGCCCAGAAAUUCCAUCCUGGCCAACGGAUGGCAAGGAUAACAUCAAAUGGCUCGGAGACGUGCUAUACUUCUCCAAAUUCCGACCUGGCGAUGAUCAGACCGCGCUGGGAGACAAUGCAGCAAGGUACGGAACAAUCCACUGCCGACCGCAUGACUACACUAUGCCACAACAGCUGUACCCCAGUGACAAUUCUAUGAUGCCCCAGAAGAGAGGCUAUCACAGCCGUACUACACGGAACUCAGAAGACAACAUCACAGCUCACUACUUCCGGGCCAGCAAGUAUUUGCUACUGACAGAGCGCAAAUUCCGAGGGGACAUAAACAAUCCGAGCCAGCAUAGUCUAAUGACCAAAACACCAAUACUGAGCCAAGCUUGUGACCUUACAGACAGCAUAGUGGAAGCGAUGAUAACGUCCACAGGUUAGACUAUCUUAUGAUGGUGUUUAGGAUGAGGAUGCUCUAAGUUGGGAAUAUACAUAGGGUCACUUCAGAGGCUUUAUAAAGCCUAUAUGUUAGAACCUAAAUAGCAG